CCGUCCUCAGCCGUCCUCUUCUCCGACUAUCUUAACACUUUCGAACGUCCUCCGCCUUGACACGUCAGCCACCAGAAGCACUCUCUCGGGAUCCCGAAUCCUCCUCUCCUUCGACCGUCUUGACAAGUCAGCUAUCGCCCACACGCCAUCGGCGCCUUCAGCCGUCAUCGCAAUCAGCCAUCUUGACAUCUCCAACCUCCAUCAUCUUCUCACCAACUUCAUCUAGUCCUCAUCCGCCUCGACUCGGACCAGCCAAAUGCUAUCAGCACCAUGUCACUCACCAUGUCACGACCACCAGCUAAAUUGAGGCCGGACAUAUCGCUUUUCCGAACCAAGCUAGUCCUCCAGUGCGAGCCCAUCUGCCCCCGCCAAAUCUUCCUCGACGUUACAAGAGCGCGGCCCACGGCAUCACAAGAGAUCUGGAUCCGCGAUGAGUUCCAGCUGUCGGCGGGAUUUGGGCAGGCGACCCUCGCGGAUUCCCCUACUCCACCGCCCGGGCCGGUUCGAGUUGGGAAAACUGGGCAUGAUGAAGUGAAGCCGUCGGAGGCUCGCAUGCGUGACAGGAGUGGACAUGCUCUAGAGAGACGACUCAAGAGCGUGGAGAAUGAUGGGGCAGAUGUGGUUAAGAGGAAGGAACGAUUCGUAGUUAUGGAUUCGUUGACGUGGCGGUUCAAGAAGAUCGGGACACGGGCGGAGGCGAUGGCGCUGGCGAAUAAUCCGGGGAUCGAGUGUGGGAAUGCGGUUUGGCUCUUUCUGGACGACCGCAUCGACCGCUCCCUCAAGAUCGCAAUGAACAGGGAACUCGGGCCAGCUAGUAAGACAGCAAGAUUGGGAAAACUAUUCGGGUAUCCGAUCGGCGCUGAUGUCUUCGCUACCGAGAGGCAGAAGAUGCAGGCUCUGAGGAAGCAGAUUGGGAUAGGAGAAGACGUGCCAGAGGGGACGGUUAUGUUCCUUCAUAUCUACGAGGCUAUCUUGAAGGUUAAGGAGCAUGAGGAGAAGAAGCGAAGAUUGAGGCAGAUGAUGGAGGAUUGAGUGGUAGCCAGGCGGUAGCUCUGUUAUAUUGAGCUGUUCGACCCUUUAAUGGCUUAAAAAAUUGGAAGUUCUAGACUAAAGGCUCUGGACACACGUAGGUCCAUUCAUAUAUCACAUAAAAUGAUAACGCCACGUAGGUUGACCCAGUGAAUUUAUGGCUGGUAGAUAUUUUACCAGAUUUAUGUUGAAUACGUUGAAGUGGUGGAACAGCGGCACGUGCUGGUAGCAGAUCAAGCCAUCGAGGCACGAGCGUUGCCACGUUACGAGUGCCUGAGGCAUCCGGAUACUAAUAGAUGUUGG